CGGGCGCGGGAGGCUGAGGAGGGACUGCGGCGGCCGCGGGGCUCGAGCUGUCACGUUCCCGCCCACUGGCGGGCUCCGGGGCUCCCGAGGGGGGCGGCGGGCAGAGCGCGCGGCCGGCAUGGAGGGACUGGUCCUGCUCAACGCCCUGGCCACCCGGCUGCUGUUCCUGCUGCACUCGCUGGUUGGGGUCUGGCGAGUGACCGAGGUGAAGAAGGAGCCGCUGUACUGGCUGCUCGCGCUGCUCAACCUCUUGCUCUUUCUGGAGACUGCGCUCACCCUCAAGUUCAAGCGCGGCAGAGGCUACAAAUGGUUUUCACCAGCCAUAUUUUUAUAUCUGCUUAGCAUUGUUCCGUCAUUAUGGCUUCUUGAAAUGCACCAUGAGACCCAGUAUUGCAGUACCCAAUCUGAAGGAAUGUCACAAAAUACCAGCAGCAAAGAAAACUUCAAUCAAACGCUGAUGUUAAGCAAACAAUCCAAUGGAGCAGAUGAUCUCAUUAAGACGGCCAGAGUUUUUGUAAGUAACUUAUCCACAGUAUGUGAGAAAGUUUGGACUUUGGGACUCCAUCAGACAUUCUUGUUAAUGCUCAUAAUUGGAAGAUGGCUUCUACCCAUUGGAGGUGGGAUUACUCGGGACCAACUCUCUCAACUUCUCCUUAUGUUUGUGGGGACAGCUGCGGACAUACUGGAAUUCACAAGUGAGACACUGGAAGAACAAAAUGUGAGGAAUAGCCCUGCCCUAGUCUAUGCCAUCCUCGUUAUAUGGACCUGGAGCAUGCUGCAAUUUCCGCUUGACCUGGCAGUACAGCAUGUCGUCUGCCCCUUGUCUGUGGCAAUGAGGGGGUUCCCCAGCCUGUUUUUUUGCCAGUACAGUGCCGAUCUGUGGAACAUUGGAAUCAGCAUCUUCAUACAAGAUGGCCCCUUUCUUGUUGUGCGUCUCAUAUUGAUGACCUAUUUCAAAGUGAUAAACCAGAUGCUGGUCUUCUUUGCCGCAAAGAAUUUCCUUGUGGUGGUGUUACAACUCUAUCGCUUGGUGGUGCUGGGGAUGGACGUUCGUGCUUCCUUGCGAAAUCAGCCAGGAAGACUGAAGGCAGAGCGCAGCUGCCCGUGUGAGCCAACUGUGAGUGAGAUCUCACCUGGAGACUGGGCGGGUGGUUCUAAUGGGGGCUUGGAUUCCCCCUUGCAGGCCUUGUCAGUUACCCCCGAGGACUCUCACCGCACACCGUAGUUCUUUACAUGCAGCAUGAAGCUAGAAUGUUCGACGUUCUGGUUUCUUUUAUAGAGAGAAUACUCUACCCCCCACCUCUCUUUUUUAACUUUGGCAUAUAAUAAUUUUCAAAAGAACAACAUAAAAAGUGAUCUUAAGCCAAAGCUGAGUUUUCUUUUUUCAACUGAAUGGAGAGAACUUUGAUUAGUGGCUAUUGCUACAACUCCUGUGUGAUGGUAUCAGAUGUUAUAGUUGUUCAACGACUAAGUGAUUUGUUUGUCUUGAACUGUUUGAAAAGCUAUGGACAGGGUUACAGUGACAUGCCCUCCAAAGAUUUAGUGCAGACAAACUGUCACGGCUGUUACCUGAAAAUAGAGAAGCUUUGAACUUUGGCUCCAUUGUCAGACUAUCUCAUCUGAUCUUUUCUGCAGUGUCCCUGACAUAAAAAAAUGUACAUUCAGUGAAUGCAGAACAAAUGAAGGGAAAAGUGCUUUUAAAAUUACCUCACUGUGAGCUGGAAGCAGUGAAAAUCUCUGCCCAGCUUCCACAGCUUUGAGAGCCUUCUUCAUUGCUGCACAGACCUUCUCAGGAAAAUCAUUUUUCUGGGCUGAUGUGGUAUUCUGUCAUGGCGCAUAUGCUCUUCCAGAAAUUUUAUUGCUUUUGGCUUGGGCACUGCGAAAUUCACAGUAAGCCGUUUCGGUUGUGAGGCAGGAAAUACUGGUAAUGCUAGCAAAGUCACAAUUUCCACCCUGAAACAUGAUUUGCGGUAUUCAUCAGUAUUUUUCUUUACUUUACCAUGCUCUCCAUUGCCAAGUCGAAUUAUGUGGGUUGAUGCAAGGAAGCACUGAAGCAGUGAAUAAAGGUGUUUUAGGCCCUCUCUGUGUUACCAUAGUUUCCGGAGUCCGCCAGCAGUGGACGGAACUCCUCUGGGCUGCCACGACCGCCCUCACUCUCGGGGAAGGUGUUGGGGCUGGAGGCUGGCAUCAGCCCUACACACAGCCAACAGCCCUUGAUCAGGGAUGGGGCUAAGAGCUCAGAAGAUGCCACAGCGUUGCGGAUACCAGAAAAUUCUCUUUUCUUGCCUGCAUUAUGACUUCACUUCCCUAGUUUUGAAAUAGCCAUACUUUAUCCUUUAUAUACACCUGUACUUCACAGAUGGAGGUCAUUCAGAACCUUUUGAAAUGAUUUUUGCUUCUAAGAUACAGUGUGGAAAGUUACCUGACUGGAUAGCAGUAAUUACAUGUGAGGCACACAGUUCCAGAACUCUUCUUUUAGGAUUCAAGGCGGAAUUCCUCCUUCUUAGUAUGCUGAGGAAUUAAAAGGGACAUGAAAGAUCAGACAGAGCAUGACCUUAAAUUGGGUGUGACUGUUUGACAACCAACUGGGACAAUUUUAUCUAUAAAUCUGUGUGACAUGAUAUCUGUUCAUAACAUUGCAUUAAAAACUUCAUAGGCAAAUUCUAUUUUUAUACAGAGAAAUUGGUAUUUUCAACUUAAUUACUUCUUCGGUGCCUGAUAGCCGCAUUUCUGUUUCUUCCUUUUCUUCCUUGUGUUUCUAAUUUUAACAAUGUGAUGAUUGUAAAAAUUACACAUGAAACUAAUGGAGUACAUUUGUAAUUUUCAUAAUAAUUUUGUGAACAUUAAGAUCAGGAAGUUAUAUUUAUAAAAAGAACUUGACAACUUUUAAGGGCAUGUUAUUUAAAAUGCUUAGCAAUUGGAAGCAAAAUAAUAACUGCUACUAUUUAUAAGAACGCCCGAGUGGAAUCUGUUUCUGUGUUGACUAUUUUAUGUUGAAUGUUUUCCUCCACAACAUGUAUGUGCUGCUUGUUACCGCAGAGUUGUUCAUGGCAUACAUUUCAUGUUUUAAUUUUUUUUCUUCCAGCAAAACAAACAUUGAACAUCUAAAAAUAGAUAAACUAUAAAGUAGUACAGGCUGUUACAAGGAUAUUUUUAAAUGCUUUCAAAUCUGAGACUUGGCUGGGCUUUGUGAAUGAAUUAAGUAAAGUAUUUUGUAAUCAGCACUCCUCCAAAGGCCCGGGAAAUGGGAAGUCCAGCGUCUCACUUUCUUUAGAGUGCCAGGAUGGCAAAGAGCACGGAAGACAGGGUUGGCAAUGAAUAGUGGCAAAAUAGACACAUGCUGUACAAGGUUUUCCAGGAAAAUCCAUAAGGGCAGCAUUUGUUAACCUAACUGCCAGUACUCUCCCUCUCUUGGACUAUUUUUAUAACAGGAAAAAAUUGUAUUCAUUUUGUUUAUUUAAAAACAAAACCUUAAUCCAGGUUGUAUCCCUAGGACCCCUGACGGAGUUAAAAUUUUAUUCAUCUAAUUGUAUGUUGUUAUCAUAGAUGGCUAAACAUUGGAGUGAUUGAAAAUAUCCCAGCCUUUGCUCUAUAAAGUGGUCAGAAGAGUAGUGACGCCCAUAUUGACAGCCUGGGACUUGCUUCCAUUUUAUUUAGAAGCAGAUAACUGAUUUAGAUCAUCUGUGCAAUGUGUUGUAAGCCAUCCCUCUCUACGGCCCAGCACAAGACACGUGACACACUAACCCUGGGCCAUCUACCAGAGUGGGCUCAUUUGUGGUGCUGUUGACAUUGUUCUGGCUGUUAUUCCAGAAUGGCUUGAUUAAAGCUCAAUCAAACGUCAUCCAUAAAACAUGUCACUCUCCUUGUGAGAAAACACAGUGCACAUGUUUCAAAGACGCUGCAUGUAAACAAAUCUUAUAACCAUCUCAUGGGAUUUUCUUUUACCCUUCCUAAGGUGAGUGUCGGAGGAAGUGGCUUCAUACUGCAAGAUUUUUAACUGUCUUUGUCAUUCAUCAUUCUCUUAAUUUUUAUUUAGAGAUAACAUAAACUGGAAAUGCUAAACAAAAGAAAUAAAAAAUUGUUUUGACAAUAA